AGAACGGCUGCAUUGUGAGAGAGAGCGACACAGUGCUUACUGUUGAUACAUGUCGCCUGUCCUCAGCAGUAAAUCAGUGACCUAGAUUUUCACUAGCGAGAUGCGGCUAAAUGUUGCGGGAGCAAAUAAAGAGAUAUUUCUGUUCUCCACGUUAACAACAGACCACGAGUCCUGGAGCUAACUGGCGGUGCACGGGGGCGUUCAGCCUGCAGCAAAAACUUCCACAAGGACUUUGUUCAGAGUUUAAAUUCACGCUAAAAUUGUCAAAAUGGAGAUUCACGAAGGGGCAGCGGCAGCGGGCGACGGCGUGCUUGAUUUCUCCCGUUUGAGUUUGAACACUUUUAGCGUUGACAGCAUGAGCGACGAGAGGAAAAGGGACACCAAACAGCUCUACCUGAACCACAACCGGCUGGGCUCGCUCCCCUCGUCGGUCAGCCUUUUCUGCAACCUCGAGUUUUUGGACAUCAGCAACAACGGACUGACGGCCAUCUGUGAGGGCAUUACGCGACUGACCAAGCUGAAAACACUAAUAGCCAAGAACAACCGUCUGGACGAAUUUUCGCUGCCCAAGGAGUUCGGCUCUCUGCAGCUGGAAGUGUUGAACUUUGGUGGGAACCGAUUUGAGGAGAUCCCGCUUCAGUGCAUGAAACUGCUGCGUCUGCAGUCGCUUUCAAUCGGCGGAAACAGACUGAAAAGUAUACCUGCAGAGAUAGAAAAUCUAACCAGUCUGGAGAUGUUGUAUUUGGGUGGAAACCUCAUCUCAGCCAUUCCGCCAGAAGUGGCUAACCUGCCCUACCUCAGCUACCUGGUCUUAUGUGACAACCGCAUCCAAAGUGUCCCCCCACAGCUCACCAGGCUCCACUCGCUGCGAUCUCUAAGUCUUCACAACAACUUGCUCACUUACCUGCCGAGGGAGAUCCUCAGCCUGGUGCACCUGCAGGAGCUCAGUCUGCGUGGAAACCCAUUGGUGGUGCGCUUUGUCAAGGAGAUGACCUAUGACCCGCCCUCGCUGCUAGAGUUGGCAGGACGUACCAUUAAGAGCAGAAAUAUUCCGUACUUCCCCCGGGACCUGCCCUCGAACCUGCUGCGUUACCUGGACCUGGCCAGCAAGUGCCCCAACCCCAAGUGUGCCGGCGUGUACUUUGAUUCAUGUGUGCGGCAGAUUAAAUUUGUGGACUUCUGUGGGAAGUACCGGCUUCCUCUCAUGCACUACCUGUGCUCCCCAGAGUGCACCUCUCCCUGCAGCUCUAACCCCCAAAGCGACGCAGAGUCGGAGGACGAGAGCAGCGUGCCCGCGUACCGCCUGCAGAGGGUGCUUCUGGGAUAGUAUGACACGGAGAAGCCUCUAACCCUCUGGCCAAGCCCAGCAUCAUCAGUCUGUCACUGUUUGAAUAUUUCUAUAAAGAUGAAAUUGCAGUCAGACUUCACUACACAUACAUGUCCAAUCAUGCAUACACACAUUCUACAGAUGUGUGUGUGUAUGUUUUUGCAUAAAGCCAGUUAAAUGCACAGAAUGUGAAACUGUGGUCCUUUCUACUUUGGCCAAAUGUUGAAAAAAGGUUAACUCCAUUUUCUGGAAUUUAUUUUUGAGAAGGAACUUCCCGUUCACUCUCUCACUAUGUAACACAAGCAGACCUGCCAACCUUUUUUACACGCAUUUUUACAUCAAAGUAUGCUGGUAUGAGAUGUUCCUUUUAAGGUUUACAAAAAGAGGCCAGUUGUCUUUUCUUUUUUUUUUUUUUUUUUUUUACAUCUAAGUGAGGGGUAAAUAUAGCCGAGCCAAUCGAGACAUUAAGCUGGCAUGAUUGUUUCUUCUCCUACUAACAAACUCUCUACCAAUUUAAAAAAAGAAAAAGAAAGAAAGAAAAGAAUGG